AUGGACCGCCUAUACCUUGAGAUACUCUCUGCAGCUGUCAUAAUACCCGUUACCUAUGCCUUCUAUCAAGUGGUCAUUUCUCCUAGGUUGAACCCGUUGCGAUCUCUAGCAGGGCCGCCAAUUCGUGGUUGGUUCCAAAACCAUUUGUAUCCCGUUUCAGAUCCAUCUAUAUCUCCUCAAGUACACAAACUUUAUGUCAACAAAUACGGACGGUCAAUACGGAUACAAGGCCUUGGUCCUUGGGACGUUCGACUGCUUACCCUCGAUCCUGUUUCGGUGGCCCAUGUUCUUAAAAACUCAACUAUAUAUGAGAAACCCUGGCAAUCACGCCGCCUGAUCACCAGCUUGAUUGGGUGCGGUAUGUUGGCUGCAGAGGGACACACCCAUAAGCGUCAGCGGCGCGUUGCUACACCAGCUUUCUCUGUCCAGAACAUGCGUGCUUUGGUUCCCGUCGUAUUCAGUAAAGGCAGGGCACUGAAUGACAAAUGGUUACAGAUGGCGGAGAGUACGCCGGAGCGCCUCAUUAUUGAUGUGUGCCAUUGGAUAAGCAGGGCAACCUUCGAUGUUAUUGGUCAUGCAGGAUUUGACUACGAUUUCAAUGCCAUCGAGAAUGAGUCCAAUGAGCUUUUCUCGGCGUACAAGGAAAUGUUCGAAGUUGCUGUCUCGCAAGGCAAUCCUUUUCGGACAAUAUUUUCUAUAUAUGCGCCAUUUUUGAGUUCCCUUUUUCCAGAUUCGACUGUUCGCGUGGUUCAACGGAGUCAGGACACCAUUCGUCGUGUUGCUGGCCAUCUUAUUCAAGCGAAAAAGGCUAAAAUUGUCCAGGGGCUCCAAGAUGGUGUCCCUUACGCUGGUCGAGAUCUACUAAGCCUCUUGCUCAAGUCCAAUAUGGCAACUGACCUCCCACCGGAUCAACGUAUCUCGGACACUGAUAUACUGCAUAAUAUCAAUACCUUUAUGUUUGCCGGCUCGGACACUUCAUCUCUCAGCCUUACUUGGACACUCUUGUUGCUUGCCCAGCACCACACAGUUCAGGAACGUCUUCGCGACGAGCUACAAUCGGUAGCACCGACGACGUCGGAAACACUUGCAAACUUGACUGAAGACGAAAUUCAGUCGCUCUAUGAAAUUGUAUCCAACCUUCCAUUCCUCGACAAUGUAAUCCGUGAAUCAAUUCGCUUGAUUCCACCUGUCCACUCCUCUAUUCGAGUUGCAAUGCAAGAUGACGAGGUUCCGGUAUCAACCCCCGUUCGAGGUAGUAAUGGCGAGAUCCUCCCAAAGUCAACAAUUACUGUGCCUAAAGGCAGUUUUGUUCAUGUUGCCGUAGAAGGCUUCAACCUCGACAAAGAAUUUUGGGGUGAAGAUGCCUGGGAGUUUGUACCUGAUCGAUGGGAUCAUCUUCCAGAAUCUGCCAGUAAUCUUCCUGGCCUCUUUUCAAACACACUUACCUUCUCAGCAGGACCUCGGUCCUGCAUCGGGCUUAGGUUCUCCAUGAUUGAAAUUAAGACCUUCCUUUAUAUAUUGCUAACAAAUUUCAAGUUUGAAACAACACCGGACAAGAUAAUGAAAGCCAACGUUGUUUUGACGCGACCUUACGUAUCCGGAAAGUUCAGAGAAGGCAGCCAGUGUCCACUUAUUGUUCUGCCACUGAGGACUACAGGGAAUCCUGCCACAUUAGACAAUGUGCAGUAG